CUGCUGCCACCCGUUCGGUCGGCUCGGUGCUUCUCCUAAAGCCACGACCAGCGAUUAAUGAUCGUUGACCAAUUCGCACGCAUCAUUCUGACAUGGCUUCCGAGCGACAACGAUUAGAUGGCCAGCUAGCGGCAGGAGGAGAAGAUGAGUCGAUGAUGGACAGCGACGCGCCGACACGAGGCGCCACGCAAGGCCGCCAUCUCGAUGGAGAUGGCGACGGUUCUGGUGCCAACGGCGGCAAAGCUGGCGACGAUGACACGCCAGACAUGUCACGGUUUCGGGCGCGGGCAUGUGCACGAUGUAGUCGGUCGAAAUUGAGGUGUAUCCGACGAGCAGAACCCGGUGCGGAGCCGUGUUUAAGGUGUGCCCGUCUUGGAACAACAUGUUCACUUCCAGAGGCCAGGCCCAGGGGCCCCAAAAAGGGCCAAGCUAGACGCGUGGGACAGCUUGAGCAAAAGCUUGAUGGCAUCAUGUCACUGCUUACAGCCAGCCAGCAACUUCUCAACCAGAAUAAUACUGUCCCACCAGGUGCGUCAGCGCAAGCCAAUUCUGUUGCUUCUCCAACUUCGGAAGGAGGCCUGGCAGAUGAAUCCCCUCAAGCUAAAGCAUCCACUACAACGUCCCGCCCACUACAUCAGCAGCAACCGCAUGCCUUCCUUCACAGAAAUGACCUCGCCUCAGCUACCCCAGAUAGCUCAGGCCACCGAUCAGCUCCCUCGCCGGCGACAAGCAGCAAUGGGACUGCCAGUCAACAUGACGCGAGUCGGACACUUCACCGCGUGGCCGAAAACCCCACCGGCCAGAUUAUCGAGCUCUGGCCGGGGCUUGAACUGACUUGGCGCGAGGCUGCACAAGUAUUGAAUGUCUACUCGACCCUCUACGUUCCUAAUUUCCCCUUUGUUCCUAUCCCUCCACGACAAUCACUAGAAGAGCUUUAUACUGCUACCCCUUUCCUCUUUCGCACAAUCAUGCUUGUUGCCGCUCCACAGAGCGCAUCGACCCAGCGAGCGGGCGAAAAGUGGUUCCGGAGAAGCAUUGCAGAGCAGGUCGUGGUGCUUGGCGAGAAGCGGUUGGAGCUUUUGCAAUCCCUGCUCCUUUUCAUAGCCUGGGGUGAUUAUCGCUUCUACAUGGAGUCAAAAGCAACACCACUACUACAAAUGGCCAUUGGUAUCGUUGUGGAUCUGGGACUCAACAAGGCGCCUCUUUCUAUCAACAACCUUGCGCCCUAUUCGCUGCUCAAUGAAGCACUCAGGCGUCACCCGCACCUACGCGGAAAGGCCUCCCAUAGCAACGAUGACAUGCGUGCCCUUCUCGGCUGCUUUUAUGUCACGUCGCAGGUCACGACCCUCUUUCGUCGCGAGCAUCAUUUACCUUACACGGACUUUGUGGAUAAGUGCGUCACCGAGCUUGCUGGGGCUGACGAGUAUGUCACGGAUAAGACGCUGGUGGCCAUGGUCAAGAUGCAGUGCCUGGUUCGCCGCGCUCAUGCCGUAAUGGCAGGCGCGUCACCCGAGCCUGGAGCGAACCCCCCUUUUACGGCUGCGGCCGCGAUGGCUCUGACUGCUAUCCGAAGAGAACUCUAUGAGCCUAUAAGCAGCUAUGGUGCCAUGGAUGAACGCAGUAAACAUCUACUCAAGAUGCACUGUCAUGCAUCGCUCGUCGCGGUACACGAGCUGGUCCUCUACUCUCGGCCCGUCGCCCCUACGAUGACAACACAGGAAGUAACUUCGGCGACCAGUAAUCCCCCCGGUGGCAAGCGGACCGACGCCAUGUGGCACUGCCUCCGUGCCCUCGUCGACUUUAUCAAGCUCUACAUUGCCGUGCCACACGACCAGGCCGGCACAAUGGCCAUCUUCCCCGCCGCAAACCUGGCCUUCACCUUUGUGACCACGACACGACUCCUCUUCAUGGACGACCCCGAUUGGGAUGCAGCCGAGGCCCGGCGGCACUUUGACUUUCCCGGCCUCGCCCAGCGCGUAAUGGAAAAAUAUGCCGCGGCUGACGCCUACGAGACGGGCGGGGCCAACGAUGUUUCAGGGCCUGGAACGGUGCCGUACAAGAGGAGGUUCCAUGAGGAUGGCAACUCGCUUAUGGCGACGUACAUACAAAAGACCAGGUGGCUGCUGCAAUGGUAUCUGGCCAAGACAACACCAGGGAGCAAUGGCGCUCCGGUUGCUGGCGGGACGGACAAUAGUGCAUAUCCGGCGACCAGGCCAGGUUAUGAUUCUUGUUUGCCGCCACAGCAGCCACAACAACAACAACAACAACAACAACAACAACAACAACAACAACAACAACAGCAGCAGCAGCACCGUCAACACAUGCCGAUUCAGCAGGCUCAGCAUCCAACCCAGUUUCCCAUGUCGCAACAGCAGCAACAGGUUUAUGCUGCGGAUCCGAUGGUGGGGUUUGACGCUACGAGUUUUCUGGAGGAUUUUGACGACUCAUUUUGGCAUGCUUUCUUGUCGGUCGACUCACAGCUGGCGUACCCGCCCAUGGUUGCCGGCAGUGUGCCUAGACCGAUUUAGCCCGCGAGGAUUAUAGUAGACAAGAGACCACAUGGAGUGUCACUGUUUUCUGUUUGCUAGUGCUAAAGCUUGUAUAUACCCAACAUAUACCGUAAUGUGGUCAAGACUUUUAUUUCGUCAUGGAUUCCACUGCACAGUUGUCAGUCACAUCGCUUACGGCCGCAGUCUGGAUACGGACAGAAUCGGUCAAUGACAUAGUGUAGCGGACCGUUGUUACAGCAACACUUCAGAUGGUCUCAGCAAUCAGCAGAUAUACAGACUAGAAAUAAUACUUCCCAGGCCUGGAGAAGCCUAGCUCAGGUUGAUGUAUUCUUUUACUUGCACAUUACCAAACACGAACGCUCUUCACUUUGUUGAGUUUGGAUGACCGUCGACGGCGACUACCGGGCCCGGAACCUGAUGUCUUGACUUUUGCGGGUUUGACUUUGGAGUCGACCUCGACUUUAUUCCGGCUAUCACCAGACUCUUGCUGGAGCUGGGGUUUGGUGUCGUUGUAGACUCCCUUCUGCUCACAGAGUCUUGAUACGGGCAUAGUGGGCAACACUGCUGGGGGAGCGUCAUCGUCCAUCUGUCGCUCGCUCAUGUCUAGAAGCACAGCGAUACUUGAUGCGUCGUAAAGUCGCUCAUGUAGCCCUUGGAGGUGAUUGGACAUGUCGGUUCUUGAUUUGAAAGGUUCUGAUGCAGGUUUCGCACUUGGCUACUUCAGGCUUGGAAUCAUUCAACUCGGAUAUGUGGCGUACGGCUUCAGCUCCAGCCUGUGAGUAAGAAAUCGAGGACGUAGCUUUGGCUGAGUCUUCGAA